AGCCGUAGGUCGUGCAGCGCGGAUCGGAACAGUUUGCCUUGCGGUGUGGGUAAGAGCGCGGCGCCGCCAUGUCGCGGAAGCUGCUAAAGUUCCUCAUCCUGUUCGACAACACGAACCUACUCUACUUCCCCGGGCAGUUCCUGUCGGGGCGCGUGCUCAUGGAACUGGAAGAUGAGACACCUGCUCUGGGUCUGCACUUCCACGUGGUGGGCGAGGGCGUGGUGCGGCUGAAGGGAGCGCGCGCCGCACGCAUCUACGAGAGGGAGAGCUACAUAGACUUCCGCAUGCGCCUGCUGGGCGAACCAGGUCAGCGCGGCGCCGUGAUGCUGUCUGCGGGCAUCCACAGCUUCCCGUUCAAGCUGGGCCUGCCGCUGGGGCUGCCCUCGACGUUCCUGGGCCAGCACGGCUGGGUGCAGUACUUCUGCAAGGCGGCGCUGCGCCAGCCCUCCGGCCUCACGCACAAGAACCAGCAGGUCUUCAUCGUCAUGAACCCCAUAGACCUCAACCUCGAGCCCGCCGCACUCGCCGAGCCGUUCCAGUGCGAGGUGGAGCACCAGCUGGGCGUGCGCUGCCUCAACUCGGGGCCCGUCGUUUGCCGCGUCUCGCUGGACCGCGGCGGCUACGUGCCCGGCGAGACCAUCGGCAUCUCGGCCAGCGUGCACAACCGGAGCCGCGUCACCAUCAGCUCCACAAAGGCCUGCCUCACCGAGACAAUCCAGUAUGUGUCACGCAAUAAAGUGGUGCAGACAGAAACUCGUGAGCUGGCAGCUCUGAGUCGCGGUAAGGUGCGGCCUGGGGACUCGGACGAAUGGCGCGGGGAGCAGCUGUACGUGCCGCCACUGCCGCCCACCAAUCUGCGUGGUUGCCACCUCAUUAACGUCCAGUAUGAUGUCUAUUUCAUCGUAGAACCAAAGAGCCUGGAUAAGGAGAUUAAGGUGCAACUACCCAUCAUGCUUGCCACAUAUCCAUUUAGAAAUCAAGAGGGCACACUGCAGCGUAAACAGGGCACCCACUAUCCAUCAACACUGCCCAUUUUCCGACCGUGGCUUGAAGAGAAGACAUUUGACUGAAAUAGCACUGGUAAAGACUGUGCUUGCGAAUUUGUCAUAAAUAACAAGUGCACUUCUUGUGAAGUCCUUCAUUUAUUGCUGUGAUCUGAUACGUAGACCCAAGAUAUAUGUCUGUCUGAAACAGUGCAGGUCACUGUACUAACUGUUUGCAAUGCUAGAAAGUUUCUACCCAUAGUAAAUGAUCUCUUGUUAUCAGUUUACUAAACGCAUUUUGAUUAGCAACUGGAGUGCAUGAAAUGUUUUUUCAAAGGCAGUUUGAGUAUUAUUCAUCAAAUGUUAAAAACACUAAGUAAUGUAACAAGAGUUAUUUAAAUAAAUAACUAAUAUUUAGUGGUUUAGCUUUAAAAACAAUACCAACAGAACAGCAUUAUCAUUUGUGAGGUCUGUUGUCUCAUGUACAUGUGAAUACACCACCGUAAAUUAAUACUUAAAAAAAAGCACACCCACAUUUAUGUUCUUAAUCCUAACUAAACAUGUAAUAAGUGAAAGUAUUUAUUGUACAAAGUAACAAUUCAUUUAUCAAGGAAAAAGUUUGACACAUUUAUUUAGUAUAUCUGUCAAUAUUAUUAGCAUCAUAGGACAGUGUCAUUAACUGUAAUAUUGACCUGUAACAACUAUCAUAUCAUUGUAAUACUUAUAAACUAGUCUUCAGUCAUGAAUUCUACAUUUCAGUUGAAAGCGUUUAUUCUAAUAUUGUGGAUAGAAACAUAAAACUGGCAGGAAAGAAAUUGUUUCAGAUACUUUAUAUAUUUCUGUAAAUAUGUGCCAAUUGUUAGGAAUCAAUAUAUCUAGAGUUAAUUCUAUUUGCUUUACAGCUACUAAAUUAUUAUUAUUAUUAGUAUUAUUAAAUGUACAUUGAAAGAAAUUUUUGUGAAUUCUCAAGGAAUCUAACUGUGAAAGAAAGUUGUAGUGGGAUAAUAGGAGGAGUGAAGGUAGCCACUUACUGUAUAGUUGAAGUGUUGAACGGUCAUUAAGUACACAGACAAAUUGAAAACACCAAAGUUUAACUGUGUCGUGAGUAGUUACCUUUAAUCCUUCCAUUAUUUACUAAGGGAUUUUUCAACUGUAAGGCAUAACCAUGUGUAACUUUCAUUUUGUAAGUAAGAGUAUGUGGGAGGAAUUACAGUGUUUAUGUGGUCUGUUAAUCCAGAAACAGUCACAAACAAGGAACAAAACUAUGAACCACUAUGGUUAUCCCAGGUAUCCACAAGAGGGUGAACUUUCUCCACCCCCCCUCCCUCCAAUCCCACUCCGCCCCUGCUGGAUGAGAGGAUAACCAUCAAUUCCCUGGGAUAUAAUAAAUUUUUUUGUGUCACCUAUAAGAUUUAGUUCUAGUGAUGUGACAUGUUAGAAAUUACAAAAUCAUUUAUAUGCAAAAUGACAAUUUUAGAGUCCUUCCCCCCCUCCCCCCCCCCCCUUCUCAGCCCGGAAUAAAUUUCUGUGUAUACCAUUAUCAUUUUUGUUAUUACCAAUGAUGAAUGUAUAUAAACAGAAAGGGACAGAGAUGCAAAGCUGUAUUACUUAGAGUACUAAGAAUGCCAUCAAAAGCAAAAUGUAAUCAUGGAGAAAGAAUGAAAUUUUGAAAAUGUCAUCAUGUAAAUCAAAAUUGAACUCACAAAAGUACUUGCUUAAAAAACGGUACUCUUUAUGAGCACCAACAUCCAGGUGGAAAAGCCAUGAUAAAAAUGAAUUGAGGUAGAAUAUGUAAAAAAUGGGAUUUUAUUUUAGGUUGUAAACUAAGAAUUUGUAAAUGGGAUGAAACAGCAGAGAGAGAAUUAGUACCACUAGAGAGCAUUUGGUGCUUCUGUUCUCCAAGAAAUGGGGGAAUGAGUAAAUUUUACAGGAAAAUAUCCAAAGAUUUGUCUUGUACAUAAGAGAUUUGAAGGAGUGUACAUAUUAGCACUAUUCUUGAACUGACAAUGACACAGAAUUAAAAGAGAUGCUAACAAAUAAUCAAAAAGAAAAGUUGUAUAUUGACUACGAGAAAUUAAAGAAGGGGUGUCAUGGCAGUAAGAAAAGCUUGAACUGAAAAGUAUUUCUGAUUAGAUAUCAGAAAAAUGUGGGGGAAGUCAACAAACAAGUCAAAGGACAGUGGAUGCUGAUAUAUUAAUUAUAAAUAUUUUGACUACAAAAAGUGGUUUGACAACACCAGCAACACUGCUUAAAAUUUUCUUAACAGAAAUGAAUUGGGGAGGGGGUGAGAUUGGGGCAAAUGAGGUAACCAUAAAGCCAUAGUGUAUGCUAAAAAAGAAAAA